AUGAGGAACCAGUUUGGGACCAUUUGGCCCAGUUCGAACCCAUUGGGUCCCAGUUCAUCCCAGUUCAGCCCCAUUGGGUCCCAGUUUGACCCCAUUGGUCCCAGUCUGACCCCAUUGGGUCCCAGUUUGACCCCAUUGGGUCCCAGUUUGUCCCAGUUUGACCCCAUUGGGUCCCAAUUUGACCCCAUUGGGUCCCAGUUCAUCCCAGUUCAGCCCCAUUGGGUCCCAGUUCGUCCCAGUUUGGCCCCAUUGGGUCCCAGUUCAUCCCCAUCACCCCCCCACAGCAGCGCUCCGUUGCCAGGCAACGCCUUAUCCCCGCCCCCCUCCCUGUCCAUCACCGCCUCCAGCCAAUCAGACGCCGAGGGAAGGGGCGGGCGCGCCAAACCCUCCCUCCCUCCCCUGCGCAAGGGGGCGUGUCUCCGCCGCUCCGCGCUGACCAAUGGCGAUGGCGCGGAGGCUGGAUUUAAGGCGGCGCCGUCCAAUCAGCGCCCGGGAGACCCUGCAAAAGCGGGACGGGCGGCCCCGUGCGGCCCUUCAGAGCCGGGGCGGCGGCAGAGGAGGAGGAGGAGGAGGAAGGAGAAGGAGAAGAUGGCGGCGGCCGACGGAGACGAUUCGCUUUACCCCAUCGCUGUCCUCAUCGAUGAGCUCCGCAACGAGGACGUGCAGCUCCGCCUGAACAGCAUCAAGAAGCUGUCGACCAUCGCGCUGGCGCUGGGGGUCGAGCGCACCCGCAGCGAGCUCCUGCCCUUCCUCACCGACACCAUCUACGAUGAGGACGAGGUGCUGCUGGCGCUGGCCGAGCAGCUCGGCACCUUCACCGCCCUCGUGGGGGGCCCCGAGUACGUGCACUGCCUGCUGCCGCCUCUGGAGAGCCUGGCCACGGUGGAGGAGACGGUGGUGCGGGACAAGGCGGUGGAGUCGCUGCGCGCCGUGUCGCACGAGCACGCGCCGCCGGACCUGGAGGCGCACUUCGUGCCGCUGGUGAAGCGCCUGGCGGGGGGCGACUGGUUCACGUCGCGCACCUCGGCCUGCGGGCUCUUCAGCGUCUGCUACCCCCGCGUCUCCAGCCCCGUCAAGGCCGAGCUCCGGCAGUGAGUCACCCCCCCAACGCACCCC